CGCGGAUUGAAGAUGAUCAGAGUCGGGGGGAGGAGGUUGUGGUGGAGGUAUUGGGGGCUGGGCUGGUACAGUAAUUGGACACUAGGGGAAGAAAGAGCAAGGGUAACAUUUAUAUAUUCAUAUUCCGAACAGACCUCGGCCGGCCGAGCCGCUUCGCCUCGCCUUUCCCCUCUUUCCCCCCCCCUUCCCCGUAGUAACGGCCCGGCCUCCUGUCUUUCCCCCGGCACCCGCCAUGAAUAUCGUCGCGGAGUUCUUCGUUGUCAUUUUCAAAGUGCUCUGGGCUUUCGUGUUGGCCGCGGCGAGAUGGCUGAUCAAGCCCAAGGAGAAGAGCGUGUGCGAUCAGGUGUGCCUGAUCACCGGAGCCGGCAGCGGGCUCGGCAGGCUCUUCGCGCUGGAGUUCGCCAAGAGGAACGCCAACCUGGUGCUGUGGGACAUCAACCAGGAGAGCAAUGAGGAGACGGCCGAGAAAGUCCGGCAGCUGGGCGCCAGAGUGCACACUUACACUUGCGACGUGAGUAAGAGGGGCAGCGUCUACCGGACGGCUGACUUGGUGAGGAGAGAGAUCGGAGAUGUGACGGUGUUGGUCAACAACGCAGGUGUAGUGUCCGGACACCAUCUCCUCGAGUGUCCCGACGAACUUAUCGAAAGGACCAUGAUGGUCAACUGCCACGCUCACUUUUGGGUGAGUUUGAAGAGCUGGGAAAGUUUUUAUCUAUUUUCAAAUACGUUUAACUGUUGGUAAUGUCACUUAACAACCUCUCCUAUUUUCCCUACAGUUUACAGUAUUAGGCACAAACGCUGUCCUGGGAUAAAUGAAUGUAUUUGGGUAAAUUGAAUAAAUUACAUCUUGUACUGAUGAGCCAGGUGUAUUGAGAUGUGGCGGAAGUUUUCUAAUUUCACUAAGAAUGUAGCGUUAACAAUGUACAAGUACACAUGCGUUAAUUGAAUGAAAAGUAGGGAAAUAAACGCUUUAAAGCAACUAUCCGCGUCCCGCUAACGAUACAAGCUUUUCCCCCUAAAAGCUCAUUCAGGCUGGUGGUUAUUAAAUAGCGUAUACUUCACUAAUUUAAUGAUGCAACAGAAACUGCUUCUUAAUCUUUUGAUUUAAAAACAAUUCUCAUUUUAACCCCGAUCCAUGUGAUUCAAAGCGGUUCCCGGUGAUUUGCUGAUGCCUCUCGGGAAUGGUUUCCGGUCCUGAGGCUAAAUCCUCGACUAUCGACUUUAACGUCGCAUUCACCCCAUCGAAAUAGCGAUAUGUAUCAUGUGAGAGAUCGCGCAUCUUUGGACUUGCCAAAAAGUCCGAUGAUUGUUCAAAUACAAGCAUUCACUUUAAAGUUGGUCUAAAUAUACAGGAUUAUUUAAAGCUUUCAAAAUCUUUCCUGAAUGCUUUCUAGCUGCCGAUAUAUAUAAAGCACAAUCUGUUUUCAUAACCUUUUUUCUGAAGACUGAAAUACUUGCACGAAAUCAAUGGCCUUUAACAGAAUCGACGGACUGUAAAAGCGACAAACGAGAGCAACCAAAUGAAUAUUCUGAGCAACAUUCUGAUGCUGGGGAACCUCCACACUUGUUUCCCUUGUUAAUGUUAGCGACCUGCUAGUUGGGCUAGGGGUCUUGCGGCGCCGUGGUAGUGGUCCUAACUCCGAGCCACGAGGCUUGGGGUUCAACCUUUUCGACCAGGUGGAUCAGGGGAAAAGUAAGCUGUAGUUGAAUUGUGACAAAAAGCGUGUACAGGCGUGUUGCUGUUCCGGAAAAGACUCUAAUCUCUAUCCCACUAGCACUAUUUAAAUAGAUUCCUUCUUGACGCGAGUUCGCUCAAUCCUUUGGAACUGUUCAUUUCUACUGUAAAGUUUACUGUGAUUGCAUGACCUGAGUCGAUGGUAACUGUACACAUUUUAAAAAAAAAUAAAACCAGAUCGUGGUAAUGAGUACCGUUUCUAUAAGCAUAUAAAGCAUGUAAACUGAAUCUACAAUGUGAAUAAAAGCAAAGUACUGUGGCUGCUGGAAAUCUAAGUAACGAAGUGGUUAUUCCACAGCAUUGCGUGAGUGUAUUUUUUUUAAUGACUAGUUUUGUUCACGCGCUGUUAUCGACAAUAAACACGAUUCUGGAACUCCCAAAGGAGUUCCAAAUAGCGUGUCGCUUCAAAGAUUUCACCUCAUGAAUUUGGGGCUGUAAACGACUAAAGCUGAUGCUUUUUAAUUGAAAGUACUUUCUUUUUGAGGGGUGGGGAAACUAAGUUUCAAAGUCUGUCAUUUUAAACUUUCAGCAUUUACAUUAGUUUUUAUUUUAAUACGAUUUAGGUUUUAAACAUUCAAGGUCUGGGUGGUGUCGUCUUCCAACUUAAUUCCAUGCAUUGUGUGACUUUGUUUGUAUCAUACUGUUCAGAUUUAACUGAAAAAUACCUGGUGAAAUUGGUUCUGACUCAGUUGAAUUACUGUAGACUCUAU